UGGGCGCCAGUGGGCGCGCCGGGCACCCAGCGCGCUCUUCAGUGUUCUGGCUGAGCUUCGAGCGAGCGCGUGAUUGCCGAGUGUGUUGGUUCUCGGUUCGGUGUCGGACUGAUAAGGCGCUGUGAGUGCUGUGUUGGCGCAUGUUAUCAUGUUGAUAUCGGCGGGCAGCGGCCCCACGCCUGAGUUCUCCCCCGCCUCGUGCUGCGCGCCCUGGAAGAUGGAGCCGGCGCCUCCCGCGCCCGCUGCCAUGCCACAACCACUCAACAUAUCACCCAAUGUACCAGUCUCCCCGUCGUCAUCGGCAGGCACCGGCGGCUCCGGGACCCCCCUCUACCCGCCGUCGCACCCCCUCUCCUCCCUGCUGUCCCAGCAGCGCCUGCUGGAGCUGUCCCGCUUCGGUCUGCGGCACUACGACAUCGCGCACCAUGUGCUGUCACAGCAAGGUGCUGUUACCAAGUUGCUUGUACCAGUCUCCCCGUCGUCAUCGGCAGGCACCGGCGGCUCCGGGACCCCCCUCUACCCGCCGUCGCACCCCCUCUCCUCCCUGCUGUCCCAGCAGCGCCUGCUGGAGCUGUCCCGCUUCGGUCUGCGGCACUACGACAUCGCGCACCAUGUGCUGUCACAGCAAGGUGCUGUUACCAAGUUGCUUGGAACCCUUCGACCGCCCGGGCUCAUCGGAGGAAGCAAGCCGAAGGUGGCGACGCCGGCCGUCGUCUCCAAAAUUGAGCAGUACAAGCGGGAGAACCCCACCAUCUUCGCUUGGGAGAUUCGGGAGCGGCUCAUUUCUGAAGGUGUGUGCACCAACGCGACAGCCCCCAGCGUGUCUUCGAUCAACAGGAUACUGCGGAACCGCGCGGCGGAGCGGGCGGCGGCGGAGUUCGCCCGCGCGGCCGGGUACGGGCUGUACGCCGCGCCGCCGCCGUACGGCGCCUUCCCCUGGGCCGGCGGCGGCGGCGUCUGGCCGCCCGGCUCGCUGCCGCUGCCCCCGGGCGUGCCGCCGCCGACAGGUGUACCGCACCCUGACAUGCAGCAGGGCUUCUUAUCAUCUUCCGGGCGAGGCCUCAUAGAUGUCGAUGGCGAUGACUCAGGAUCCCUUGACGGAGAACAACCAAAGUUUAGAAGAAAUCGCACCACCUUCAGUCCUGACCAGCUGGAAGAACUAGAAAAAGAAUUCGAGAAAUCUCAUUACCCUUGCGUCUCGACGAGGGAACGCCUCGCUUCCAAAACGUCAUUGUCGGAGGCGCGAGUUCAGGUUUGGUUUUCCAACAGACGAGCCAAGUGGAGACGCCACCAGCGCAUGAAUCUCCUCAAGCGCGGUGGCGGCUCGCCCGUACACCGCCUGCCCCACUCCCCGUCCCCCUCCCGCUCCCGUUCGCGUUCUUUGUCCCCCGCGCGCGCCCCCUAUCACACGCCCCAGAUGGGCGGCGAGAAUAGUGCUUUCAAGUCACUCUCUCAUCAAGAUACGGCUCUGAAGGCUCUGUCUCACCAGGCUCAGUUCGACAGCAACGCACUGAAAGCGCUGUCGCAGCAUACGUAUGAGAGCGGUGCGUUUAAACCUCAUCCUGGGCUAGAGAAUAGCGCUUUUAAGGCGCUGGUGCCUCAUUCGGCGGCGGCUGCGUUGCUGGCGGCGCAGUCGAUACACCUGGCUCGGGGCUACGACUCGCACUCGGAUUCGGACGAGGAGAUCAACGUGCACGACGAGAGCGAGGACGAGGCCGAGAGACACACCAGCCGGGCGCGGUCGUGCUCGCGCAGCCCCGCGCGCCCGCGACCGCAGCCUCCCAGCGACCUGCCUCUACAACUCACCAAACACGACCGUUGACCACUCAUAUUGUAUUAAACAUUAUAAGGCUCAGAACAAAUGAUAUUUAAAUAGGUGUAGUCACACACAAUAAACAAAAUAGAUCACGUUUUGAAUGAACAAAAAGUUUAUGAUAUUAGUUUCCUUUUUGGUUCCGAUAUUAUUUAGAACCGCAAGACGGAUUAAAAAGUUUAUUCAAUCAAGGACCAGGCGUUUUGAUUUCUAUUCAAUUAUGUGCGUAACCUUACUUUAUUAUUUAUGAUUUACUUCAACUUUCCUGCCGAUAUCUAUCAAUGCUUGAAAUCAUUUACAAACAUCUUCUCAGCAAGGUUUUUAUAUAGAAAAGGCAUUGUUCCUACGGUCUCUAUUAUGUUUUGUAAACGUACAUUCCAUAUUAUUUAAGUUGUAAAUAUUUAUUUUAGGUAGUCAAUUAAGCUCUAAUGUAAUUAUUACUUAGAUAUAUACAAGAAAAUGACUGUGCACAAAAACGUUUUUUGUCAAUGUAGUUCGCAAUAAUAUAUCUAAAUACGCAAUAGCGAUUGUGACAUUCUGUUAUUCAUAUCAUCAGAAGCUCUAGUGUGAAUUUUAUUCGAAAUCGUUUAGAUUUUCGAAUGAAUUAGUUUAGAUAAACUGUUUUCCCAAGACGUCCUGCUUGGCAAGGGCGGAUCCAGCUUUGUACUUCGUACUACGUACGGUCGCGUGGUCAAUGUGUGUGCCCGGUUAACCUUUUCAACGCCAAGAGCCACUAAAGUGGUCGACUGCUGGGUUCCCACCACGCCAACGACCACUAAAAAGGCUAUGGCGGACGUUGUCAAAGCGACUUUCCUACUGUCAGUUAAGUUUUAUAUUCGCUCUUCACCAGUUGACUUUUUGGCAUCUAUGGCAUUUUUGACACGGGAGGAAAAGCGUUGAAAAGGUUAAGGCUCCGUUCACGUGGUCAAUUCCUAUGGACAGAAUGAGCUUAGUGAAACGUAGUGGUAAGUCGUGUUUAUGAAUGAAAUUUACACUGAAGCUACAUAUUUUUAUGAAUAUUUUACCAAAGCAACUAUGUAUUUGGAUUGUAAAGGCACGGUUUUAGGCAAACCAAAGUUCCUAAUAUAUUCCUACUCGAAAUGAUCAUUGUAUCGUAUGGUAACUUGUAUAGUUGUCAAAAAAAUGUAAUUUUAAUACGUUGUCUGUUGAACUGUAGUUUUAACUGAACCUGAUACGAGUACUUAAAAAUGAAAGGAGCACACUUGGUUUUAUGUAUUAUUUGCGCAAAUACAUUAUAUAUCUGGGUUCUUUACGUUAAAAAAUAAACAAUAUUUGGGCGAAAAGAACCAAGUAUGUUUCCAACCGAAGAUGUGUGUCGUUUUGUAAAUAUUGUAAUUAUUUUGGGUACUAUAAUGUAAAUUAUUUAUUUCUUAGAUAAUGAAUAUUUGUAUAGUAUGAGAAGUAGCAAAUUACAUACGUACCUACUUAUUACGAUAAAUCUAAUAAAAAAGU